AUGAUAAAACAAUGGCUAAUCGUUGUGGUUAUUGCCACAAUUGGAGUCAAUGGAAAUUCGUUCAAUACCUCCGAUGAAUAUACGUUAAAUAUUAUACGCUAUUCCAAGGCCGCUGAGAUUCACAAUUUAAUGGAUGAGCGAGUUGAUCCUUGUGAUAAUUUCUAUGCCUUUGCCUGUGGCAAAUGGAAUCGCAUUAAUCCGGCCAAUUCAUUUGAAACCAUUACGACGGGUUUCUUUGAAACUGUCCAAAAGGCAUUAAAUCGUAAAAUAGCCGAGGUGUUGGCAGAUGAUGAGGAUGCCAAGGGCUAUACGGCCAUCGAUAAGAAAGUGAAAAAUUUCUAUGAAUCCUGUAUGAAUUUGUCGGCCCUGAAGGCCACCUAUAAGGAUAAAUUAAUGGCCAUAGUUAAGGAAUUUGGUUCGAUGCCUGUCUUGGAGGGUGAUAACUGGCAGGAGGAUGAGUUCGAUUGGUUGCAGGUUGUUGCCAAGAUUGCCCAUAAAUAUGAAAUAUCGAUUAUGCUGGGCUUUGAUAUUAUGGCUGAUUUUGCUGAUAAUUCGAUGAAUCGGGUGUAUGUGGGUCAAGCUGAGCUACCACUGGAAUCGAGAUCUAUGUAUUUGGAGGAAGGUAAUGCCAUUUAUCGUCACCAAUAUCAGGAAAAUAUUGCCACCAAUUUGAGAACAUUUUUGGGUGUUGAGGCCUCGUUGGCCCGGCAGACGGCCAAGGAAAUUUUGGAUUUUGAAAUAGGUCUUGCCCGGGGUUUAGUUGAUGAUAAAUUGGGUCUGCAGCUGGAUGAACUGACCAGCCUCACCACCAUUGAUGAGUUGCAAAUGAAAUAUGCCCCCACAUUGGAUAUCAAGAGAUUACUACGGAUUUCGUUGGGUUCCCUGCCCACCGAUGAGAUUUACGAAGUCAUUGAGGAUUAUCAAAUAAAUCUCGUAAGUCUACUAAAGACGACACCCAAACGUCAAUUGGCCAAUUACAUAUUCUACACCCUGCUGGAAAAUUUCAUGUUGAAAAUUCCGAAAAAUAAAAAUGAACUGCGCACGAAAUGCAUUGCCAAUACGAAGAAAUAUUUCGCCAAAAAUUUGGAUAACAUGGUCUAUCGCAUCUACAAUACCAAUGACACGGAGAGAGGUGUGGAAUUUAUGUGGCGUGAAAUACAGAAUACCUUUCAGAAAAUGCUACUCUCGGAUCGCAUGAAUUGGAUCAAGAAAGAGACCCGCAACUAUGCUGUGGAGAAGUUGUAUGCCAUGAAAAUUGAAAUUAAUUCCUAUGAGAAGACGAAUUUUAGUGAGGAGUUUGGUCAACUCGUUGUGAACAAACAUGAUUUUGUGGAGAAUCUGAAAUCGGCAAUGAUGUUGAGUGCCAAAAAUUCGCGGAAGAAAUUAUACGAACCUCCCGCACCAUUGGAUGCUGGAGAAUUGCUAUCAUUCACCCCCGCCAAUAUUCUAAUUGAGAAUCGUAUCAAAGUCCCCGUCUCCCUGCUGCAACCAUUCUAUGUAUGGUCCAAUACAUAUCCCAAUGCAUUGAAAUAUGGUACCCUGGGAUCUCUAAUAUCCCAUGAACUUAUACAUGGCUUUGAUGAUACCGGUAGGAAUUUUGAUAAAUUCGGCAAUAGUCGUAACUGGUGGGAUGACAAAUCCACGGAAGCUUUUAAAAAUCGUACCAAAUGUUUUGUGGACCAAUACAAGAAUUAUAUUUACAAUGGCAAGCUGUUGCCCGAAAUGGCAUCACAAUCGGAAAAUAUUGCCGAUAAUAGUGGUGUACGUUUGGCCUAUGCGGCCUAUCAACAUUGGUACGAUAAUGCCAUGCGUAGCCGCCACAACAUGGAAAGUGAAACCCUGCCACGAUUGAAGUACAAUGGCAAACAGUUGUUCUUUAUUAGCUACGCCCAAAUCUGGUGCAGUGAUAUCCAUCCGGCAAUGCGUAAUUUACAAACCUCCACAGAUACCCAUGUUCCGGGAAAAUUCCGUGUAAUUGGUCCUCUGUCUAAUUUUCCGGAAUUUUCUAGGGAAUUUAAUUGCCCCCUGGGUAGUAAUAUGAAUCCGGUUAGUAAGUGUAUAAUUUAUUAA